ACGUCUUUUCUCCGUCCAGGCUUCCGUACAAAAACAAAGAUGGCGGCUUCUUCUGACGUUCAUGUCCGAAUUUGCGCACAAGAAAUGAUCAAAUAUGACCUCGAAAUUAAAGCUGCCGUCCAGGACAUCAGAGAAUGUUCUGGACCUCAGAGCGUUCUCAUGCAGCUCAACUGUCACGUCAAAGACAAAUUCAACCUACUCCGGCGCAGGAUUCAGGUGAGUGCGUGUCUGACACACCUCUCUGGGGUUCUUGGUGUGGUCUUACCCUGCGCCGCUGUGGGCUUGCAGGAUCUGGAGCAAAUGGCCAGAGAGCAGGACAAAGAGUCGGACAGAAUGUCCAUCCAAGCGGAGGCGGAGAGCCAGCGAAGACAAAUGCUCAGUAACCAGACGGCGUGGAGGAAGGCCAACCUGGCGUGCAAAAUGUCCAUGGACCACAUGGCGAAGGACGAGCUGCUGCGCGAAGGAGAAGGUCAAAACGUCCGGGCGAGGAAGGCGACCAAGGAGAGUCUGGUGGGGAGCAGCAGCAACAUCACCGAGAGUCUGAUGUCCAUCAGCAGGAUGAUGGCGGAGCAGGUCAAGCAGAGCGAGGACAGCAUCAGCACGCUGGCCACCUCCUCCCGCACAGUGCAGGAGACCAACGAGGAGUUCAAAAGCAUGACAGGCACCAUCCACCUGGGCAGGAAGUUGAUCCUCAAGUACAACAGGCGGGAGCUGACGGACAAGCUGCUCAUCUUCCUGGCGUUGGCGCUCUUCCUCGCCACCGUGCUCUACAUCCUCAAGAAGCGCCUCUUCCCGUUCAUUUAAACUCCUCCCCCUCGCCAGUGGACGUCACACAUCGGGUCAGGGCUGGGCGAUACGCCUGUAGGUCAAUAUCGAUGAUUCCUGGCCAUGACGCUUCAGGAUCCUACAGGAAGUAUCAGGGGAGAGGAAAGUCUGGGCUUCUCUGCUUAGGCUGCUGCCCCCGUGACCCCAUGGAAGGAAUUAUCUUUAAGCACCAGGAGAAAAAUAUACUUAAUUUAAAAUCUACCGUGAUAAUACCCAAGGCAAAAAGGAAACAAUGUAAACAAAAUUAUAAAAUCAUAGUUAAAUAUGUAAGGAAUUUGUAAGUGCAAAAAUGUAAACAGAAAUGUCAGUAAUUUCUGCAUGGAAAUGACAGCGGUGCUCUAAAGGGCAAAUAUGCUGUGACUCCUUGCAUUUACAGACCAAUAUUGUUAAUGAUAAAAUCAUAUUAAACAGUUAAUGUAAGAAAAUUGUGCAAAAAAAAAAAAAAAAAAAAAAUGUAAACAGAAACUUCAGUCAUUUCUGCAGGGAAGUUACAGCGGUGCUCUAAAGGGUAAGCACAGCAAAGAUGCUGUGACUCCUUGCAUUUACAGACCAAUAUGGUUAAUGAUAAAAUCAUAUUAAACAGUUAAUGUAAGAAAAUUGUGCAAAAAUUUUAAAAAAAUAUAAACAGAAAUUUCAGUCAUUUCUGCAGGGAAGUUACAGUGGUGCUCUAAAGGGUAAGCACAGCAAAGAUGCGGUGACUCCUUGCAUUUACAGACCAAUAUGGUUAAUGAUAAAAUCAUAAA